AUGAACGGUCUCGAGAUUCUGAUAGAUGCCGCGGGUUCAGACAUGCUUAAUCCCCUGUACAGCCCGCCCGUCGAAGUCCCGAAACAACCGGCCCCUCAACCGCUGAGCAACAACAAACGUAAACUCAGCUUGUCCGUCUCCGACGCUUCGCCCUCCGCGUCCGCAACCCACGUCUGCCACAUCUGCAAGAGAGUCUACGAGAGGGCCGACCAUCUGACCAGGCACCUACGCUCCCACGAGAAUGCCCGCCCUUACCAGUGUUCGCGCUGUCCGAAGCGGUUCAACCGCGCCGACCUACUGACCCGCCACGAGACAACCCACGACCGGGAUUCCUCCGGGAAGGGCAGAACCUUCAUCAGGCGGAGCGAUCGAGCUGCAGAAGCUUGUUUGAACUGCGCUGCUUCCAAGUCCAAGUGCGAGGACGUUAAACCAUGCUCUCGAUGCCGCUCAAAGAACCUGCCUUGCGAAGUACCCUCGAAACGCACCCAUCAUCGAAACUCGACCGACGAGGGCCAUUCAACGCCCUCCGAAACCUCGAUACACGCGGGUAUGGAUAUCGGCGGUGGGAUGGAUUCGUCGUACGGGUCCAGGAUGGCGAUGAUGCCUCCAAACCAUGACAUGGGCCACAGCGAAAUCGACCCGCCCUCGUUCAUGGCCGACAACUUCGUGGCGAAUCCCGUCAUGGAUAUGGUCAUGGACGACAUCGUCAACUUCAACCCCGUACAUAACUACUUCCAAGACAUGGACUUUUCGUCCUGGGAUCUGAAUUUCGACGCCAUCACUAUCCCCCAAGUCGACGUCAAUGCGAGUCCCGAGUCGACGACGACAAGUCGAUCAAAAUCCACAUCAAAUCGCAACGCGUCAAGAGCGCACGCCGCCUUCAAGCGAUCGCCUUGGCUCUGGGAGCCGGGUCCGAAGGACUACGCAUUACACCACGCGUCCCCUCAGGACAAGGAACGACUCAUCCUGGACGAGAACAACUUGGCGAACUCACCCGCCUUUGACAAGUUGAUCAGCACGCCAGGGACCAAGCUGAAGAUGACCGCCUCGGCGAGGGACAGCCUACUGGCUUUAGUGGUAGCCAGUACGGUACAGAAGGGUGGACGAACAAGAUCCCCUUCCUUUCCGUCCUUGGAUCUCUUGAACUAUAUGGUGCAAGCCCACUUCAUCCACGAUGAACACCAGAGCGACAGUUGGAUUCACCUGGCCACGUUUGACGCUGCCAUAGCAAUACCAGAGCUCCUCGCUGGUAUUCUAUCUAGCGGUGCUACCUACAUUUCGAUACCCGCCGUUUGGCAGUUUGGAUACUCUCUCCACGAGGUUCUUCGACUGGCACUGGCAGACCUGUUCGAGGGCUCCAACUCUUUCACCCGCGAACUCCAGGCUUUACAGGCGUUCAUGCUCAACCUCGACAUCGGCAUCUGGAGUGGCUUCAAGAGAAAGAUGGAGAUCGCAGAAAGCUUCCUGCAACCUCCCAUGACCAUGCUGCGAAGAGCCGGGAAUUUCUCGGCACCCCCAGAUUCGCCCUCGCUCAUACCCACCAUGGCAGACCCUCCAGACGUUCUCGACUCCAAAUGGCGCAAAUUCGCCAAGCGCGAAUCGUACAAACGACUCGUUCUUCACCUGUUCUUCCAUGAUAUCCAAUCAUCGAUCGGCUUUUGCAAGAACCCCUUAAUGUCUUACACCGAGCUCAGCUUCAGUCUUCCCGCUUCCCGCGACUUAUGGCGAGCACGCACAGCAGAGCAGUGGAGGAACAUAUACAUCGCCAAAGCAAACGCCGCGCCGGACCGCACUAUCCCCAGAGUUUCCGAGGUGAUGCAUUGCACCGAGAUACUGGACGAGUUCGAACAGCUGGUCGACAUGGAGCUCUGCUACAUGGCCCUGCUCCACGGGUACUGGGGUCAAAUAUCGGCGUACCGCGAGGCCAUCAAGUUUUACACCGACGGCAUGUCGAACAAGAGAAACGCAACCCACCGACUGUGGCUCAAGACGCAAUACCAAGAGCUCUAUCGCGACCUCAAUGACUUCUCGACAAUGAUCCUCACCUCAAAAAGGCCGACGGCGCAGCUCGCCAUCAUGUCCGAGGUGCUCAUGAUGGCCCUCCACGUGUCACCGGAUGUGCUCCAGACGUUCGCGGGCAAGGCGGGUGAGGACGAGGCUCGAAGGACGUACAGCAGCCUGGAGGAGAGCUGGGUCAAGACGUCGGAGGCGCGCCACGCCAUCUGGCACGCCGGCCAGAUCUUCCACCACGCCCGACAAUUACCGCCUGCUUCCCUCCGAGAUUUCAAUGCGCUCGCGGUCUACUUCGCCUGUCUCACCCUGUGGGCAUACGGGUUGCUAUCCUGCUCGGCUUCCCGUCACGGCUCAGACCCUGAGAUGGGCAGCGGUGUUGGUGGUGGUGGUGGUGGUGGUGGUGGUAGGUCAGGAUACAUCCUCAUGGACUCGGAAGAAAACCGGGAGACCAGGGCCUUCCUCCAGCUCGAUCGCGGGGUUCCUGGCUUGACGCUCAACGGAAACCCGGUUGACGGGGUCGAGUCCUUAUCGAACCCCAGCGUUGUGCUCUCCAUCGCGCGGGACAUAUUUAGGAACAACUUCCCCGUCGUCUCGGAGCCGUUACCGCCUUUGGUCGAAAGCCUGCGGAACCUGUUGCAGGACUUGGGGUCUGGGGCGGCGGGGCGGCCGUCGAGGGCUGCGAGUGUGGACGUAUGA